AUUUGAAUUUCUUAAAAAAUUAUUGUAACGACAUUUAUUUUUUACAUUUUUUUUUGCUAUCUUAUAAGUUGAGAUAGAACCUUUAGUACUCAAGUAUACUUCAAAUGGGUGAGACCUUAUCUAUAAAAGGUUUGUUGGUAAUAAUUCAUUACGUACUAAUAGCAACUUUUUUAAAUUCACAAAGGCGAGAACAUUAGUUGGCUUUAUUUGAGCAACUCAAUUUAAACGAAAUUAUUAUUUUUUUAAUACUCACUUUUAUCAUGGUGACCACAAGGUUACAGGCUCAAAACUGUCCCCAACAGUCUUCUAAAACGUCUAUCAAGCAGAUUUGUUGGCCGCGACGAGGGAUGAAAAAUAGAAGUUCUAAAAAGAAUAAACAACAAAAGGAUGAGAUUUGUGUGCAAGUUGAUAAGUCCAAAAAAUGUGGAUCUUCCUCUGGCACCUUAACAUUUAUGUGUGCGGAUUGCAGGAAGGCAAAUGAAGUUUUUAAAUACUUACAAGAUUCUGUUUCCGAUCCAUUUGAUGUAAAUAUGGAUGCCGUAAUGGCUGCAUACGGAAUAAUACAAGAAUGGAAGCAAACAACGAUGGAUCGCUUAGAUUAGUGAUGGUCGCGGUUCACAAGAAAACUAAUACCCAUCGUUCAAGUUGUUGGCUUUAUCUUAAUGCACCAACCAGAAAUCCACAAGAUCCACUAAAUUUGUAAAAAUAUAAUACAAUUCUUAUAUUUGUCCAAAGAAAUUAUUGUAUUAUAAUAUAAAUAUUGAUUUUUUUUUUGUCUAACAAGUGAUACAUAAAAAAAAUAAAGUGAUUGUCUACUGAAAUAUUCCACCAA